UCCUCCUCCUGCUCCUCUUCCUCUUCCUCCUCCUCCACCUCGCUGCUUCUCUCCCGGGUCUCAGAUGCUCCGGCUCGGCGGCAGGAUGUGCGCUUUCUCGGCCCUGCUCUCGGUGCUCCUCGCUGGUCUCGCGGCGGCGUCCUCUGAUCUGUUUGACAACCAGCUGGGCGACAUCAGCUACUGCAAGAAGCAAUGUCAGCUCACCAUCAAGAACAAGAGCCCCGCUAAAGACUCCGUAAUGAAUGCCUGUCACCGUGGAUGUCGCCUCUACUCCAUCUGCCAGUUCGUCAAUGGCAACGCGGGCUUCAACACCAGCAGGGAGGAGUGUCAGGGAGCCUGCCAGGAGGCGUACAUUAAGCUCCUGGAGCAGGAGGCCUGCAGCACCGGCUGUGCCAGCCAACCCUCUGAACCUGAGAUCAAGAGAAGAAAGCUGAAGGCCAUGACUCUCCGCCCAAAGUCCCCCUCUGUGAUGGAGGCCGUGUCCAGUUGGUGCAAUGACAUUGUCAGCUCUGCUCAGAGCCUCAUCUCCUCCACCUGGACGUUCUACCUGCAGGCUGAUGAUGGCAAGGUUGUGGUUUUCCAGAGUCAGCCGGAGGUGGAGUACUCUCUGCCGGAGCUGCAGGCUCCUCGAUCCAACGUGGAGGAUAAACCUUGGCCUCAGGUCCACUCCCACACCCAGAGACCUCACGGUGUGAGGGGACAUGGCGAGAAGGGAGCAUCUAAAGCGGGAGGUAAAGGGAAGCACCCUGUCCAGCACGCAGACGACCCCACAGCUGAGCACGACUUCCUUGGCUGCAUGUCAAGACGUUCAGGUCUUCCGCGGUGGAUUCUAGCGGCCUGUCUCUUCCUGUCCAUCAUGGUCAUGCUUUGGCUCAGCUGUGCCAGCCUCGUCACUGCACCUGAGCAGCACAUUAAGACACAGCUGAGCAUCAACGGAGACAAAGAGUUUCUGGACAAUGCCCACAAAGUCAGCCCGUACCACCUGACUCCUGUGAUCGCUGUCGCUAUGAAAGAAUCAGAGGAGAGCCAGGAGGCGGGGCCACUUCCAGUGAAAGUUGACCUCAACAAAACAUGUGUUUAGAAAGAAACAAUGGAAAAGCUGCUGUCUUGUUGGCCCAGGGUAAUAACCAUGUCUAGAAAUCUGUGGCCCAUCUGCGGAAUUUUUAACAAUGUAUUUUUAAGAGCAUGGCACCCUCCUGUCUUUUGAAGUUAUCUUACUGGAACAUCUAGCUUUUGUCAAUCAUCAGGCAGGUUUUUCACUUAGCUACGCUUGUCAUUACACUUCCCUGUACAGUCCAAAUAUGUCCAUCCUAAAGUUAUCCUUAGUGAUCAGCCUGCAGCCUGCUUACUAAUUGGUAAGACGAUGCUCUUGUCUUGGAGACAUGCUGGAGACAAGCAGAGAGGAUGGAUUACAGCUGAGAGCUUUCUUACCAUCAAGAGGAGACAAACACUAAGAUUCAUUUCAGAUUUCAUUUUCCUCAUUGUCACAGGGAGUUUGGAUGAAUGAAUAGCUUUUUGAGAGCGGUGCAGUGUGAGGGAGAGCAAAUGUAGAAGAUUCACAGGUGAACAUCGCAGAGAGCAGAUUCUGUGUUUCACAGUUUACAUAAUCAGCAACCUGAGCUGUCACACAUACAGAAAACAGUUCUUCAAACAAGUUCAGAAGAAAGGCAAACCUUCAAAAAUGAAAACAGACCUUUUUUUCCCCACCUUAUUUUUCUUUAUAUGUGUGUGUGUGUGUGUGUGUGUCCAUGUGUAUCUGUAAACAGCACACAUUCCUUGCGAGAACUUGAAAAGGAUAUUGGUUCAUUUAUUUAUUUUCUCUGUUUAUUCAGAAUGGUUGACGUGAGCUCAUUUGUUGACUAGUGAUUCUGAAGUGCCAUGUACGACAGCUCUGUCAUCAUACUAAUGUAAAUGUAAAAUACACUGAAACGCAGAGUGAAUAGAGACACGUGGAGAGGGAAGAUUGCACCUAUUGCUGUAUUAUUAUAUUACUAUAAUUAGCAUCACAGUGCUUAUAUAUCACUUAGCUGUUAUGCUAUGUGUCAUGCGCUUUCUACUAGCUGACUAUUUUGUAUGUCCUAGGAGCACAUACUGAAGGAUAACCUGUGUAUAAUGUGUAAUGCAAAGCUUUUAACAUAGGCCUUUGUUAUUGAGCAGAGUUGCACAGUCUUAGAGAUGAUUUUUCUGUGUUCCUCUCAGUGCUUUUGAUGUCCUGUACUGCUCUUUUACUCCAGGUUAUGUCGACAAUAUACCGUGCAUGCAUAAGUGACGCUUCAAUAGUUUUAUUCUAACUGCCCGCCAUGCCAGCAUGGCACAACACUACUAUAGACUUGUGGGCUUUUGUGUUCCUAUAUUUACUGUAAUCACUGAAUAGUUAUGAUGUUAUGAUGAACGAUGACAUUCUCCUCAUGCGCCACAGAAAAGCCGUCCGAUCAAUCGUCUGUGCUGAUUCAAACUGAAGGUGUAUGAAAUACGAUAUGAAUUUCCUUUUUACUGGUCUGUUAUAUUUUCAGCGAAAUGAUACAACAUGAUGAAUAAAGUGUUUUCAUUGUAAAUAAACAAGAGAGACACUUUUUUUU